GGUGUCAAAUUUGCAAUAGACGUCUCAGUGCGUUCCAUGGUGUCGCUUUUCGUUUUAAAAAGAAAAACAGAAUAGUCCGUUACUGCGCUGACUAGGCUGAUGCAGCAAUUUUUUCAUUUCAAUCAACCGCGGCAGCUGACCAAGAAACGGCUGGAAUAGGCGCUGAGACUAGUGUUAUUUUAAUUAUCAGCUGUUUCGGUAACAGCAUGAACAAACGGUAGUAGCCACCUAAGUUCAGUUAAAAUGGUACCAUAAACUAUAAAACAACAGCAGAACAGCAAAGCAACAUAACAAUAGAAGAGAGACGAGGACGGCGAGAGAACAAAACAGCAAGAAAGACCAAAUUUGCAACGGCUGUUGAAACUGGAAAAUGUGAAAUAUUCAGUGACAAAAUUAGCAACAAGUUACAAUGUUAACGGAAACAGCCAUAGAAAAAAAAAAGCGGUGUAAAGAAAUAAACAGAUACGUUAAUUGCGGUAGCAGUUGUAGCUACAAGAAGAUGCAAGAAGGUGCAUAAUAACUACAUCAACAAUAAACAAAGAAUAUCAUUAGCAACGGCAGAAAUACGUCAGCAGUAGCUAUAGUAACACAUCAUUAAUAAUACCAGCAGCAGCAGCUGCAGCAACUAGAGUUAACACAGCAACUUGUGAUAACAACAAUAACAACGGAAACAUGAAUAGCUAAAAAAAUAUUAAAAAAUCAACGGAGCAUGUUCGCAACAACUAUAGCAACAUCGAUAACAUAGUAACGGUAGCAACAAAGAUAACAUCACAACGGCAGCAACAUCAACACCAAAACAAAAUAAUUAGCGAUAUCAUUUUAACAGCAGUACCAAAAGCAACAGUAAAAGUUACAAUGGUAACGUUAGAUAUAUAGCAUUAUCAACAUUGUGGGCAACGACAUUUGCAGCAACAAUAGCAACAUUAUCUUGACAAUAGCAUUAUCAAAAGCUAAGUUAGAACAAACAAAAUCUCAUCGACUACAGUAGCAAAAACUGCACCAUUAGUGACAUAUUUAAACAGUAACGUUAUCAACAGCCAUAUUAUCUACUGACAGAAAUUCAGCCAGUGUGGUAUUAACAACAACAAUAGCAACACAUAUAGCACAUCCAGUAGAGAAAAAAUAACAGCAACAAUGGUUCGGCAGUCUAACACGCCGAACGAAUCAUGCUGUGUCCCCGACAGCAGUCUUAAAACCCAUUUUGCUGAAGUUCCUGAUCCAGAAUGCGAAUGGUAUGGCAGAGCCAAUUUGAUGGAAGUAAAUUAUGAUGACACCAACAUAGACCCGCUGACACUAGAGUGUGUUUUGCGUGACAUGGGUGAAUACGAGACCCUAGAUAUGUACAUAGCCGAAGCUGCUGCCCAACAAGAACAACAGCAGCAAGAAGAUCGUGUGAAAGAAGCCGAAAUAGAUAUUGUCCAUCCGAUUGUUUGGACAGAAACACCCAGUCACGAUGCUCUGACCAACUUCAAACUGAAACUGUUGCUCACCUUACGGAAAAUCCUCGUCGGAGAAAUUUCAUGCACAGAGUUUAACUCCACCAGUGCUUUACUGAAUCUCACCGAGGUGAGAGAGAUUCUGGAAAAGCAAGCGAAAUCAAAAGAAGAAAAAAUAUUGGAUUCGGGGUCAAUCAAGGCUAUCUAUGAGAUUGUGAAUGAAGUGAUACCGCCAACACGAGAAUUCAUGGCAAACUUAUCGGAAGCCAUCGAGCGUGAUUUAUCUGAUCCGAUAAUGUGUCCUCCCUAUGACAAGCUCAUCUCUGAACUUCCCAAAUUUGAAUCAUACAUGAAGAACAUGGUUAAAAUCAAGGCACAUAUUGAAAAGAACGGUGGCGUAGAACAAGUCGACAACAUGUUGAAUCUGCUUGUACUAAAACCUUAUGACCCGUUCUCAGUGAUGCUUCAGCACCCAGAAUGGCUGCGCUACAGAGUUUACUACGAAGUUAGGGAAUUGAUCAAGUAUACGCCACAGCAUCACGAAGAUAAUGCCAGUCUGAGGAAGGUUCUAGAAUACCUGAAACCGACAGACAACGUGACGAGAAUGCCUAAUUAUGCACUGGUCAAGUCUGGUUAUGCUGUCCAUCUGUUGGACCAUAAAAGAUACUUAUGCUAUCUCUUCUUAUUUCCCAAUUUCCUCUUCAUCACCCGACCAACCCUGGAGAAGAACGAGGUUCGUUAUAAACCCUAUUACUCAAUCAUGCUCGAUAAUGACUCCAUCAAGACAUAUGAUAUGGAAUUUUUAUCUGACGUUAGAACAGAUGAUAUCAGGACAACAUUACACGAACUUCAGAAAACUCGGAAACAAUACCAGAUUAUUUUGGAUAUGGCUAAAUGUAUGUGUAAACCAGUAUACAAAUGGCAAUUAAAUUGUUGGCAGAAAUCCCUGCAUAGAUACGAGUAUGAAUUGACUCUUCUUGUACCCAGCUUAAGAUUGAUCAUCCAGGAGCAAAACGGACACAAAAAUAUGUUCCUCUUCUCUUCCCUUGUAGAACUGCUCACCUGGAAGGAUCUGAUCAGCAACUCCCGCUGUGGAGAAACUGAAUAUCAUGUUUGCCUGAAUUUUAUCUCUCAAUAUUCUAAGAUCGACCGGCUGCCAUGUGAUACUGAUACAAAAAACAGCCUACUUCACAGUUCGGGAACUCUCAAUGUCUACGUCCACCAGAUCCGAAGCUGUGACAGCUCCCUUCCUCCAGCCGAUACCUACGUGACAUUAGAAGUUGACUCUUUGAAUGGAUUUUUCGCAAGAGUCUACCGAACAAAGGUAGUAAAAGAAUGCAUACAUCCAGUCUACGAUGAGGAGUUUACAAUUCCCACAGUGUGUUCCAGAAGUUUAAAGAUAUCUGUUUUCAGAUGUGAUGCUGGAGAAGAAGGCUUUAAAUUGUCUAUGGCUGGAAUUUAUGAUAUAUGGCAUGGAUACCUAAGUGAAUCCUACAAAUUGGUUACUGUCCCCUUGCUGCCAUCUAAACUAAAUUGCUGUAUAGCGCUUUCGUUAAAACUGUUCGAAAAUAGACGCAGUCCACGUAAAAGCGUUGAUACCAGGAUCCCUUUCCUCAGAAGGUUUUACAGGUAUCGUGAGAGAAUAUUCGGUGAACAACUCUCCGUUAUCUUGGCCCGAGAGGAAGGUACUGUUCCAAUGAUUGUCAGCGCAUUAACGGCAGAAAUUGAAUCAAGAGUGCCCGGUCCAAAAUAUGUCUAUGUACAAAAAGGAAAACCGCGUCACUUAAACCAGUUAAUAUCCAUAUGCGAUAUAUGUAUACUUACUGGGUCAAUGUUGAUUCACUCGCCAAAACUAACGCCAUGUGAUCUAGGAGAUCUACUUUUAUACUAUCUCAGUCAUCUUCCCUCACCUCUACUGACACAACCAGACAUGUUUAACUGCCUCCUUUAUGAACCGGAAUCCACAAAGUGUACUUCGGCCAUCAGACUAUUUAACACAAUCCAGAAGCCAGAACGAGACCUUCUGUAUCACUUGAUUCAACAUUUAGCAACUUUGUACCGGUUGGCCUCCAAGAAAACUCCAAAGCCUGAUUGCAUGAUAAAAGUAUUCGCUUCCGUCCUUCUCGUACCUCUUUUGCCAUCUUAUACCAACGCGGAAUUCCGUGGCAAAGCAGAUAUAUUUACUGCAGUACUCAGGUACUUGGUCUAUUUAAGAAUGGCCGGAAUAACCUUUCAAGAAGAAGAAGAAUCGCCACCGAAAAAGGGCAAAAAAUCCAAAAAGCAAUGCAGCCGAGAAUCAUCUAAAGAAUCACAAGACGGAAGUAAGAGAUCGGAGAGAAGAUGCUUUUCAGAUAUACUACCAAAGAAAAAAGGCAAAAAGUCCAAAAAGCAAUCCACCCAAGAAGUCCCGCAAGACGGCGCUAAGUCAGGUUCUAGGUGCUUUCCUUAUGACCAAGAAGAAACACCCAAGAAAAAAGGUAAAAAGUCGAAAAAGGCGUCAGCCAGCCGAGAAGUUUCGAAGGAGUCAUACGCCAGCGUUAAGUCAGGAGCUAGUUCCACAAAUGAUCCUAAACCUGACGAAAGUAUGUGCAAACAGGCAUGCCGCCGAGAACCUUCAAAUGGAUGCGAAAUACCAUUUCCGAGGUGCAGUGCAGAGGGCAUAAUAGAAGUAAAUCCACCGACAGAUCGAGAAACAUCUGCGGAGUCCAACGAAAGCCAAAGAAAAAAGGCUUUCACUAAAUCGCAGGAGAGUGUUAACUCAGUUGCUUUUAAGUCACAAGAGAGCGUUAAGUCUGCGAAAAGCAACGCAUCACAGGGGAGAAAGAAAAGUUUUCUGGGGAAAUUGUGCAACAGAAAGAAAAAGGAUAAAGACAAGGUGUCGUGCGAAGAUAUACCAAAGUUGGUAGACUAA